AUGGAUGAUGAACACGAGUGUGCGGAUGAUGAUGAUGAAAUCCUAAAGGAGCUGGAGAGUCAGGUUUUUGGCGAGGGUGAUGAUGCUGAUGCGGGGGGUGCCCCACCAACCCCGCCUCCAGCCAACCCACCUCCGGAUACCACGCCACCCCCAGCACCGGCACCGACUCCGUCGACGACCGCAACAGCCGGCGACACCCGAGUCCAAGAGCUCGAAGCGCAACUUGGUGCUGUGCAACAGAUGCUGCAGAUGCUGCUAGCACAAAACGGCAGCACAAGUGCCAGUUUGAAUCCAGAAACCGUCCACACUUUGCUGAGACGACCAGCGACAACGGACAUUGAAACACACACGGCCCGACCAAAGGCUUCCGUAGCAGCACCCAAAGCUCCCCCAAUUUUGGGUGUCAGAUCAGUUCCGCCAGCAUCCAGGGUAACCUUUGCGCAGCCAAAAGCAGUGCCCGACGCCCCUGCAGCAACAGUUCCGGAUGCAUCAGCGCCGAACGCAACACCCUUGGCCCCUGCAGCAACAGUUCCGGAUUCAUCAGCGCCGAAUCCGAAAGCUACACCCGUCACCCCUGCAGCAACAGUUCCGGAUGCAUCACCGCCGACUCCGAAGGCAACACCCCUGACCCGUGCAGCAACAGUUCCGGAUUCAUCAGCGCCGAAUCCGAAAGCAACACCCGUGGCCCCUGCAUCAACAGCUCCGGAUGCAUCAACGCCGAAUCCGAAAGCAACACCCGUGGCCCCUGCAUCACCAGUUCCUGGUUCAUCAGCGCCGAAUCCGAAAGCAACACCCGUGGCCCCUGCAUCAACAGUGCCGGAUGCAUCAACGCCGAAUCCGAAAGCAACACCCGUGGCCCCUGCACCACCAGUGCCGGGUUCAUCAGCGCCGAAUCCGAAAGCAACACCCGUGGCCCCUGCAGCACCAGUUCCGGGUUCAUCAGCGCCGAAUCCGAAAGCAACACCCGUGGCCCCUGCAGCGGCAGCUCCGAAUGCAGAGGAGGAAGAAGAGGAGGAGACGCCAGAGGAAAGGGCAGCACGAGAGGAGAAAGAGCGCUUGAAGAGGGAAGCGCAUGCAGACUGGAUGCGAUACAACCGAAGCCAACGACAUGUCUUGCGCCAUCUCUUUGAAGUUUUCGUGUCAGCCGGAGAAAAUUGGCUGGAGUCGAGCAUCGUGCUUAAUGCUCGUCGAAAGAAUGCAAAUCGGCGAAGGGGCAAGUUCAUUUGGAUCACUUUCGAAGAGUGGCAGCUGCUUCGAGUAUUUGAUGGUAAGAUCGAGACAGAAGAGGAAGACUCAGAGACUGAGCACAUCUUCGAGAUGGGUGGCAAUAUCUCGGGGACAGCUAACUUUGCCUCGGCGCUCAUCAAGGAUGUGGAGCCGUCGAUUGCUGCUAUGAAGGAUGCUGUGAAUGCCCUCCAAGCCCAUAUCGGAAAGGUCACCCCGGACCAGCUGGCAGUCUAUAACAACAGUGCAGAGCAGGCCCUGAAAGCCUACGAGGAAGCUGUAGGCACGAUCAAACGCACUAUUGCUAUCAACAAGCCCAAGACGACUAAGCCGUCGAAGAAGCAUGCGAAGGCGAAGUCAGCCUCAUGA